CCUUGGCCUUGCUGAGCGCUGCUUUCAGUGCAAAAUCCUUCCCGUGUGGGGGAUGUGCACCUCCGGCCGGAACAGCGGUUGAUCCCGCAAGAAUGAAGGAUGGAGAUGAGGAAGGUGGAGCUGGAGUAGCUGCGAAAGGCUUUCAGUUAGUGGCUCCUUAUUUGUUGCCGCAGGAAGGGGGGAUUGGAGGCGGGCCACGGGCCGGGAAAUAAAACCUCCUGGAACGGGCUGGUGGGCUGUCUAGGAGAACUGUGCUCUAGCUGCUGAGGUCCAGGGUGCCUCGCCUUAAAAUAAAUAAACAAAUAAAGAAAAGCAGGACAGAGUGAGCCAAGAAGACAGAGCAGGCCCCAGGUUACCCACCAUGGCCAGGGGGCUGCUUUGCAUCCUGCUGCUGGUCCUACGGGGUCGCCCCGGCCGGGCUGCAGAGUAUUGCCACGACUGGAAGAGCGGCACGCAGCGCUGGCACCGCGGCUUCCAGUGCCCGGAGCGCUAUGACAGCCCCGAGGCCACCCUGUGCUGCGGGACCUGCAGCCUGCGCUACUGCUGCUCGGCCCCGGAGGCGCGCCUGGACCAGAGCCUGUGCCCGGGGGAGCAGCAGCCCAGCACCAGGCCACCUGCACCAGUGCCUGUGUACCUGCCGUUCCUUCUCGUCGGGUCUGUGUUUGUGGCAUUUGUUGUUGGUGGUGCCUGCGUUGGAAUUUGCUGCUGCAAGUGCUUAAAAUCUCACGAUGACGAGCAGCAAAAUGGAUUUGCACCUGGUCAGACGUGGCUACUAGAACCCAAUCUUUCUCAUCACCUCUCCAGCUCUGCUGCUGCUGGUUCUGCUACCAGAAGUGAUCCUCAGCCCAGAAACUUCUGCAUGGCUCUGGCUCCAGCUCUUCCCAUCGCUGGGUUGUCGGAAGAAGCUCAGUUCUUAAGUUCUUCACCUACCAGGGGCCAACUCCUGCACCCCUUACAGGCCAGCCACAGAAUGCCCCCUGAUCAUAACACACUAAUGGCUCCAGCAGCUUUCCUUAAAAGACCUUAUGGACACAGCACUAAUGUAUUUCCUGUUAGUGUAAUGCAGGAUGACCAAAUGUUGUACUCGGGAGUUCAUAUCUGAGAAAAAGACACAUCAGCCUGCAGCCUGGACUGCAUUCCGCUUCUCUACAAGAAGUUAUUCGGAACCUAUAAGAGAACUGGCAACCAUUUGAAUGCAUCAGUAAGUGCAUCAAUUUUGACUUUUUCUAUUUCUAAAGAUUCUUGAUUCUUGGUUUUUGUAUUUGUCAGGGAAAGGUAAAAAUAAAAUGUGACUUAAAACGUGACUCCAUUGGGUCAGGGUUUUCAGUUCUCAUGCUGGAAGAGCUCUUCCCUGCUUGGCCUCUUUGUUAAGGUUGCUGGCUGCCUGACCGCAGCCAUCCCCUUCACAGCAGGACAUCGACAGGAAGAAGUUGUCAGAAUACACUGCUCACUGCUGGAGCAUUUUAACACUUCCUCACAGCAUGGAAACCUAAGUGAUUACACUGUGAAGGCAUGCUAAAAGGCCUCCACAGGUGUCACCAGGAAGAGCAGGGACCAAGGUUUAACAAUCUUGUGUGCAUAAGAGGUGAACUAACAGCCUCACCUGCAUCAGAACUGCCCAUUGGAUGGAGGCUGCUACAGCAAAGCUACUUGGAGACCUCACCUGUCAAUCAUCAGAACUGCUCUUUGCAAGCAAACGGGUGACCUUAGAUUGCUUUAUCUCUAUUUUACUGAGGACCUUGCUCUGGUGAGCAGUAUGCCCUGCCUAAUGCUGGCACUAAGCACGCACAUAUCCUGCUGCCCAGGCAAGCUGACACAGCUGAAGGACUUCCUGACAUUUUCCUGGGUGUGAAUCAGACAUUUCACAUCUUAGCUGACCCAGGGGUAUGACUGACUGCUGGCUUAACCAGUUCCUACUAUGGAACGGUGAAAAUAAAAUAUCCUGUAAAUAAAAGCUUCCCCAAAACAGUGAGAUCUGAGUGUCACACGCCUGGUUCACUUCUAGGAAACCAACAAAAAAACAACAGCAACCAAGUAAGGCUUUAGGAAUGGUGCUCCUGGACUUAAAUACAUUAUUCUUUUUACAGUAAGGGAAAAGUUACUGGGAUUCAUUGAUACCUAUGCCAACAAAGCACUACGGGAGGACCGCUGGUUUUUAAAAUUAGGUUUCAAACUUGUGCUGCUGGAAGCAACCUUUGUUAUCAGGUACCUCUUGUUUGCCUUUGGCUUAGAACAAUCUGUAGUGGAAUGGAGUAUUUGAGCUGGUUAACACCCAGUUUUGCUAUCAGGCUGAUAAAAACUCCAGUCAGUUCAGAGACCAAUGAACCCUCUGUGAUGCCUUAUGCACUAAAAUACAGAGGAAUUUGUGUAGCAUUGAUAUCACUGGACAAUACAUGUAGACUUGGUAGACUUCAGCAUUAGAAAUAGGUGAGCUUAUCAGCCCUUCUCUCCUGAAUCAAGGUUGUUCUAACACAGACUCUUCUGAACUAGAAAGGUAAAGGAAUGUUGAGCUGGCAGUCAGGGCACCUAAACCACAACCUGCAGCGUGUACCGGCCUCCUACCAACAACGAGAAUCUCCAGGAGGCUGCUGGAGAAGGCUUUAAAUCAGAUAAGGGAGCAGAGAACCUGCUUUCCUGAUAGCGCUAGACAGAAAAAGGGUCAAGAACCCACGUGUAGCCAUAAAGAAUUAAAGAGAAAGCAAGCUGAUAAGAACAGAAGAGCAGAAAAGCUGGACUGCUCUAUGAUAGCUGCCUUUGCUGCUUCUUGGCUGGGAUUUGCAGCAAAACAUUUCUCUCCCCCACCUUUCUCUGCACCUGAAGCAGAAAGCAAAGGGGCUUAACCCAGCAGAGCACGGAGACAGCACAGGGAUGCAAGUUUCUCUGGAUCCCCUUUCCCAGCGUUUUCUGUAAUGUUAGGGUUAAAGCUCAUUGCAACGACACCAGGUCAAAUGCUUCAGGUGUGUGAUAUUUUCCAAGACUACAGCUUGGGAAAAGAGAAAACAAGAAGCAUCCAAGUUGCUGCACCCCGAGGGCCAAGGAGACGUUUUACAUUACCACUUUCCUGAUCCGAGGGGCCUCGCUCCUGCGGUUAGCACGUCUUUAGGUGGAUGGGGCAUGUCCAUAUUAAUUCCCCUUUUUGCCCUAAGCUGAACUGCUUUUCCUGCUUCAAGCUAAAGAAUUACUUAACAGCGGCUAAUAG